AUGUCAUCUUCUUCUUCAUCUUCAUCAUCAUCUUCUUCUUCAGAAGAUGGCAAUGGCAAUGGCGGUGGUGUAGGUUACCAGGGUGCAAGAAGAGGGGGUGAUUUCGAAGGGCCUUCAUCGUCUCGUCAACGUGCCAUUAGUGAGGUCUGGCCUGAGCCUUUUGUGGAGGCUCUGGCAGCCCAUGUGGCCAUUGAUGCUUCUCGCAAUAUUGGUCGCCUCGCAGCUGCUGCUGCUCUUACCAAUGUCUUUCUGGUAUGUUCCACGUGGCGUGCUGUCUCUCGCUCUGAUCUCCUAUGGCGCCGCCUAACUCAACACAUAUGGGGCCGGACCCAUCUCAUGCAUGCAACGUGGAGAGAUGAGUACAUCUAUCGUCAUCGGACAAUGGAUAAUUUUCGAACGCGUAGAUAUACCCACGCAAUUCUUCAUUUCGACCCGUCUGAUGUGGAUAGCCCGGAUGGGUUGACGUGUCGUUGCCUGGCACUCUCUGACCUUUACUUGGCAUGUGGGUUUGCUGACGGAACAGUUCGUCUAUUCUCCCUGGCUACUCGUAUCCACGUCAGCACCUUCCGGCCCCACCAUCGCGAUAUCUUAGGCCGGUUCUCGCGUGCGGUGUCAGGUAUAAUCAUCACGGACGCCCAACUAAUAUUCGCCACGCUGGACGGAGACAUCCACGUGGCAAAUAUAAAUGACGUGGCGAACCCACCCCGUAGAGCUCACUUUGGUAACGUGGUGGAUGACGGGGUGCUGGUGGACUUCACGGGAUGCGAAAGAUACUGGGUGGGUUUGUACGCAGGGAUAGCGGGGCAGGCCUAUCACAUUUGGGAUGGUCAAACUGAAGUGCUAACGUUUGUCGGUGGGGAUUUGACCGACCAAAACACAGUGAUGGGUUGGCGAAUGUUAGCUGAGUUCACCGAGUUUGUGGGACGAGUGAGGGUGACGAGUCAGGACUCAGCGGUGGCAUGCACAAGUUCACGUGUGAUGGUUUUCGAUUUGAGAAACCCCAACGAAGGGGUGAUGAGUAAUCAAGAGUACAUGAGAGGGGUAAUUGUGACCUCGGUUGACGUUAACUGCGAGGCGUAUAUUGUCGUGGAUGGUCGUGGGUUGGCUAUAGUGCGCAGGGUGGACACGUUAGAGGAAGUGUGUAGGUUUAGCUUAAGGUUAAGGGGUGGUCAAAGAAACGUAAUGGGGUGCAUGAAUUUAGGGUACGCCCUAAUGUGCGCAGGAGGUGUGAUAAGGGUAUGGGAAAUAGAGGAAGGGGAGUAUUUGUACACUUUUAGGGAGAGAAUAGGAGAAGUGAACGCAUUUGUGGGAGAUGAUAGACACGUGGCAGCAUCAAGUGAGACAAGUAUACACUUGUGGGAUUUCGGAGCACAGUAGAG